AGCAUUUAUGCCCAAACGCCUGGUUUGCUUAAAGCCAUACGAACGCAAAGGAACUCCGAAGGCCCCGAAAGGAGCUCGCAAACGCAAGUAAGCAAGCCCUAGACUCGGCGCGUUGUAGAUUUCCUUCUGAUCAAGAAUCCGAGGCUUGUGCAGCAGCUGCGAUUCUUCAUCAUUAAUCACUCGCGAGAAAUGGUGCUCACGAGCUUCGAUGGAAUUGGGGUUGGGUUCGGUUUUGGCGUUGGUUGUGGUUUUGGCGUAGGCUGGGGUUUCGGAGGUGUGCCUUUGAACAUCUUGGGUCUCGGUGCAGGUGGAGGGUGUGGGAUUGGGCUAGGCCUUGGAUGGGGUUUUGGCACUGCCUUCGGCACUCAGUAUCGGUCAGCUGGAGCAACAUUCCAGGGUAUUGAUCUCAACAGUGAGGCUCAAAGCGACACUAGAGACUUGACAAAUGCAUCGAAACGCUCCCGGGAGGUUCCUGUCUCAAAGUAAGAGCUUGUGCUCAGGCAAUUAAUUUCUCUUCAUUGAGCGACAUCUUCAACCCGCUGAAAGACGCAACUUAGAUGUGUAUCUCACAAUUCUGUUGGAGAAUGUUCAGAACUGUUCAAAUUUUCAUGCUUUCGGAUUUUGACAACUAAAGAUGCAUGCUAAUGAGCAGAUGAGACCUUGAAUCUGCAAUAAAAGUUUUAAGAUGUUUUUGUAUAUGCUUGUUUAGGGUUUAAAAACCCACAAUAUGUAAAUUUGCUGUGUAUUUGCAUUAAUAACAUUAACACGCACUUAUUGAUGA